AUGACACCGUUAACUCAGGAGCAAAUUGAGCAACAACACUUGAUAAUUAACCCAGCCUCAAGAAGAGGAAGGAAACCUAGUUUGCAAUUCGAUCCUACUAAAAUUUUUUCUUGUACCUUAUGCUCCAGAAAAUUCAAAAGACAAGAGCAUUUAAAAAGACAUUUCAGAUCAUUACACACUGGAGAAAAACCAUUCACUUGUCAUAAAUGUGGUAAAAAGUUUUCAAGAUCUGAUAACCUUGGUCAGCAUAUUAAAACGCAUGGAUAA